GCCUUCUUUUUAAGGACUACUCCCACCCCCCCCGGUCGUGUAGCUUGUGUGUAUGCCGACCGCGUCUGGUUUAGCUUCGUCAUGGGUGACUCCUCUUCUUCAUCAUCGGCCUCCUACAUCCGCAUGGUGCAGCACCUGAUCGAGAAAUGCCUCCUCUUCCACAUGAGCAAGGAGGAGUGCGUGGAAGCCCUCUCCAAACACGCCAACAUCAAGCCUGUCAUCACUGCCACAGUGUGGGCUGAGCUGGAGAAGGAGAACACGGAGUUCUUUGAGGCGUACUCGAAGAACCGAGAGGAGAGCGUGAUGGAGAUGAGAACAAUGCAGAUGAUCCGGACGAUGCUCACCCGGAUGGCUUCCAGAGAUCCGGACGAAGACGAAGACUAAGGUGGCACCCAUCCGUUGAAAUUAACAAUCUAUAUAGCCUGCGUCCAAGCUAGCGUUGCUGUCGAAGGUGGUGGCCACAAGCUGCACCCUCCACCCGAGGCAAGGAUGGUAAGGUAAAGUAAAUUAGCCUCCGGUGAUCAUCCUGCGGCGGGCAUUAGAUCGAACAACUCGGUGGCAUAGGCCGCAUGCAGCAUGAUCUUUGUCAUUGCAAAUCUGUAAAUUAAUCCCGUACGUCGAGAUUGCAAAUGAAGUAACGUUUUGUGGCUACUGUUGUCGACUUCUUGUGUGGUUACAGUCGACCUCUGCUGAAAAGUUUCGGUUGAUUGGGACUUCACCAGUAAUGUAGGUGUGCCUCUUUACCUUUA